CUCGGCCGCCCGGAAGCCGAGCGGGCGGGAUUUCCCGUGGGGCGGCGGAUUGCACGGUUCGUGGCUUGUGUGGCGGCGCGAAGGGACUAUAAAAGGACGUUCCUGAGCCCGCGAACCUGCAGCGGAAGUGGAAGGCGAACGUAUGUCCUUCAGUGUCCGGAGCUCAGAGAUGUGGCCCAGGGGCGGGAACUGUCUCUAGUUAAAGAGGCCAUGCCUGAUGUUGCUUCCAGAACUCAUGUCGACACCAAGUCCUCAGUUGCUGGUGGCAGCUGCUCAGCAGACCCUGAGCAUGGGAAAGAGACGGGGCCUGGCCCGAGCUGUCUGCCUUCGCCUGGCCGGAGAGGUCCUGGCUGUGGCCCGGGGACUGAAGCCAGCCCUGCUGUAUGAUUGCAACGGUGCGGGGACAUCAGAGCUCCAGAGCUAUCUGGGGGAGCUGCAGGGCCUGGGCCUCCUGACCAAGGGACUUCACAUCCUUGAUAUUGGAGGCAACAGCCUGAUCGUCAUACCUGAACAUGUAUGUCAGCACCUGGAGCAGGUGCUGCUUGGUCCUGUAGCCUUUGUGGAUGUUUCCAGCUCCCAAUCUCACCCUUCUGUCCGCUCCCUGGACCAGCUUCAGGACUUGAAGUCCCUCAUUGCCAAGAUCAUCACCCAUUUGCAGGGGUUGCAGAGGGACCUGUCCCUGGCCAUCUCCUGCAGCAGGCUCUGCUCCUCAGACUGGAAUCUCUGUACUGUGUUUGGGAUUCUCCUGGGCUAUCCUGUUCCCUAUACCUUUCACCUGAACCAGGGAGAUGACAACUGCUUAGCCAUGACCCCACUACGGGUGUUCACCGCUCGGAUCUCAUGGCUUCUUGGUCAACCUCCAGUCUUGCUCUAUUCCUUUAGUGUCCCAGAGAGCUUGUUCCCAGCCCUGAGAGACAUUCUAAACACUUGGGAGAAGGACCUGAGGACUCGAUGUAGGGCUCAGAAUGACUUUACUGACCUCAGCAUCUCCUCUGAGAUAGUCACCCUGCCAGUUGUGGCCCUCUAACUCCCAUGUAGAAAGUACUCACUAAAUAUUCAGCUCUAAGACAGGGAUUACGAAUAGGCAUCACCUCAAGUGUCAAUUCUGAGCGUCUUGAGAACACCAGGGAAGAACGCUCUAGUCAACUGGCCGCGUCUGUGACGGGCACGGGAACAGGUGGUGGCGGUGGCAGCAUUGGUAGUACAUACUUGCCAUUUCUAUACUAAGGAGUCCUCUUGACUUAACUGAGAUGUCUAUUCCUUUUUCACUAGAUAGAAGAUAGAAGGAAAGAGAUUGUGGAGAAGGGAGUGAGGGGGUAGGUGGAGAAGGUUAGUAUAAGGGGGAAAAUAGCUAUUUAAAAAAAGGAUCGUGGAGAAGAAAAGAGGUGGAGGACAAGUACUGUACCCUUGUAUACUAUAUGUAUGGUGUGGUAAUGUUGUAAAUAUACUCUGGGUAGUGUUCACUAGAAAAUAGCAGGCCUGGGCUUUACUGCAUGUUUAUGUACCUCCAACUGAAUUGGACCAAGGAAAGUAGACCAGGAUGCUCAGGUGUCAUAUUUGAUGCAAUAGGUUGGUCAUUCAUGAAUAAACAAUUCUGGGGAACAGAAA